GCCACGCUGAGUCAUUAUUCUGGAUAUCAAAAGAGUGAGAGUAAAAAAAAAAAACAAGUCGAAACCAAAACGAAAAACACCCACAAAUAUAAUUAUUUAACUCCACCGUUUGGCAUACAGUCCUUAUCCCACCUGUAAAGUAUCUGGAGAGUACGAAAAAUCUCCUUGGGACCAUCGAAACUACGAUCCCACCGCUAUAUAAGCCCCUUAAAAAAGUUCUCUUCGUGGUGACUAAUAAAUCCAGUUGCAGCUAAAAUGGCAUUGAAAGUGUUAGUGGGCCAGAAGAUCAUGAACGAGGUUGUGAAGUACAAGCCUCCGCCGCCGAAAAACCAACCCACCAACAAGCUGCCAAAGGCUGGAGGAUCCGGGGAGACGGAGUGGCGUGUCCUGGUGGUGGACAAGCUGGGGAUGCGCAUGGUGUCUGCCUGCACCAAGAUGCACGACAUCAGCGCCGAGGGAAUCACCUUGGUGGAGGACAUCAAUAAGAAGCGCGAGCCGCUGCCCACCAUGGACGCCAUCUAUCUUAUUACACCGUCCGAUGAAUCAGUGCGAGGGCUGAUACGAGACUUUGAGAACCCUGCGCGUCCCAUGUAUAGGUAUGCUCAUGUCUUCUUCACUGAGGUCUGCCCGGAGGAGUUGUUCAACGACCUCUGCAAGUCGUGCGCCGCCCGGAAGAUCAAGACCCUGAAGGAGAUUAACGUUGCGUUUUUGCCGUACGAGUGUCAGGUAUAUUCGCUGGACUCCCCGGACACGUUCCAGAUCCUGUACUCUCCGGCCUUCUCCUCCAUCCGGAGCAAGCACAUCGAACGCAUCGCUGAGCAGAUAGCUACGCUGUGCGCCACCUUGGGCGAAUACCCGAAUGUGCGUUACCGCAGCGAUUGGGAGCGGAACAUCGAUCUGGCUGCAUCGGUGCAGCAGAAGCUGGACGCCUACAAGGCUGACGAACCCACCAUGGGCGAGGGACCGGAGAAGGCCCGCUCCCAGCUCUUGAUCCUGGACCGUGGUUUUGACUGUGUGUCGCCUCUUCUGCACGAGCUCACCCUGCAGGCCAUGGCCUACGAUCUGCUGCCGAUUGUCAAUGACGUCUAUCGCUACACUCCCGGGCCGAACCAGCCCGAUAAGGAGGUGUUACUUGACGAAAAUGACGAUCUGUGGGUGGAGCUGCGUCACGAGCACAUUGCUGUUGUAUCCACCCAGGUCACUCAGAAUCUAAAGAAAUUCACCGACUCCAAGCGGAUGAGCUCAACUGAUAAGUCCUCGAUGCGCGACCUGUCCCAGAUGAUCAAGAAGAUGCCGCAGUACCAGAAGGAGCUGUCCAAGUACUCCACCCAUUUGCAUUUGGCCGAGCACUGCAUGAAGUCAUACCAGAACUAUGUGGACAAACUGUGCCGAGUGGAACAGGACCUGGCAAUGGGCACGGACGCCGAAGGCGAGAAGAUUAAGGAUCAUAUGCGCAACAUUGUGCCCAUCCUUUUGGAUGCGAACGUAUCGAACUAUGACAAGGUUCGCAUUAUUUCUCUUUAUGUGAUGAUCAAGAACGGAAUUUCCGAGGAAAACCUGACCAAGCUAUUCACGCACGCACAAUUGUCGCCCAAAGACCAGGAUAUGGUCCGUAAUCUUAGCUAUUUGGGAAUCAAUGUUAUUGCAGACUCGCGCAAAAAGGUUUACAAUGUUCCGCGAAAGGAGCGAAUUACCGAGAGCACCUAUCAGAUGUCCCGUUGGACCCCUGUGAUCAAGGACAUAAUGGAGGACUGCAUUGAGGAUAAGCUGGAUACUCGUCACUUCCCCUUCCUCGAGGGCCGUGCGCAGAACACCAACUACCAUGCACCCACGAGUGCCCGAUAUGGCCACUGGCACAAGGACAAGGCCCAGGCACAGGUGAAGAACGUCCCCAGGCUGAUCAUCUUUGUUGUGGGGGGCGUCAGCAUGUCCGAAAUGAGGUGCGCCUAUGAAGUAACCAAUACGGUUCGCAACUGGGAGGUCUUAGUAGGCUCCUCGCACAUAUUAUCCCCUGAAGUUUUCCUCAGUGACCUGGGAAGUCUCUCCAAGGAGGACUAAAAAUAUUUAUUAAAUCAUAUUCUUGUUAGCGAUUUCGUCAUGAUUGUCGAGUUUCUUAAUUGUUUGUUAUUACUAAUCGAAAGGUUCAAUAGAAUUCCUUAAAACAUAAUUAAAUGUAUUACCUAAUCUAAGGCUACAUUAUUAUUCACAUCAUAUCUUAUAUGUGCAAUUUAUAAUUCGUAGUAAAAUAUAAAUAAAAUAUACAAAUAUGCUAAAGUG